AUGUCUCUGCCACCGAUAGUCAGCGUGACGCUCCAGGGCGUCGUCCUGUCGGCGACGUCCAAUCUUCUGGCCCAGGCCCUGACGUCGUUCCGCGAUGAUAAACCCUUUGUCGUCGACUGGGUCCCCGUCGUGCAGUUCAUCAUCUGGACCAUCGUCAACACGCCGCCGAAUUACCUCUGGCAAGACUUUCUCGAGUCAACCUUUCCCGCCUACCACGCGGCGCCCACGACAGCCGCCAUCGAGAAGGCCGCCCGCUCCGAUGACGCCGCUCUCGACAAGGCAGCCGCCCGCUCGGCUCUCGUCGAGCCCAAGCUCAACAUCCGCAACACGCUGACCAAGACGCUCCUCGACCAGACAGCCGGCGCCGCUGUCAACACGUUCCUCUUUGCCCUCUUCAUGAACGGCCUCAAGGCUGCCAUGCGCCGGCCCGCCGGCCUCGACAGCCCCGCCCAGUCGGCCGCCUUUCUCGCCUCGGGCGCCGCCAUCGACUACGCCCGCGUCGACUGGCGCGCCGUCCUCGCGCAGGUCCGCCGCGAGUUUGUGCCCAUCAUCACGGCCGGGUGGCGCCUCUGGCCCGCCGUCAGCCUCGUCAACUUUGCCUUUGUCAAGACGGUGCCCAUGCGGAACCUUGUUGGCGGGCUGGCGGGCGUGGGCUGGGGAAUUUACAUGAGCCUGUUCGCGGCCGAGUGA